UUUUUUUUUUUAGGCAAAAAUGGCUUCCUGUCUCAUCUUCUCGCCCACAGCCUGAAGGAAUAAAAGAGAUGCGAACGUCGCUCCCUCCCAAUGGCGGACACCUGGGCGUAGUUUGCAGACAUGUCAGUUGUUGACCAUACGACAUUACCCUUUUCUCGCGUAUUGUCCUCCAUCGACUGAGAAAACCGAAAAUGAUGCAUCACGUGACCUGUGGCAGCAGCAGCGACUACUGUAUGAGUGGCCCUGCAGAGGACUCUCACCCUGCAAGCUGUUUUGAUCUAUACAGCCUCCAAUCGAACAAGUUCUACCCAACAACGUCUGGGUUGCACCUGUCACUCGCCGGCUUGGCCCCUUUGCCACAGAGCAUGCACAAGGGGAUGAUGCCAGGUCAGUUCCACGACCCCCAGAAUCCCUUUCAUCUUCAGUCGCUGAGAACCAAUACGGAGGUGGCUGCAGGCGCUAAGAAAAACACCACUAAAGUGAAGUCGGGGAAGAGAGGCAGACCGUUGGGGACCACAAAGUUAGCAGGGUACCGCACCAGUACUGGACGUCCACCCGGGACCACAAGGGCCGCUGGUUUUAAAACCAGCCCCGGCAGGCCUGUGGGUACAACCAGAGCUGCGGGGUAUAAGGUGAGUCCUGGCCGGCCCCCGGGUAGUGUCAAAAGCCCAGCUCGGCUCAAGAUGCUGGAACACGGGGGCGAUGCUACCAAGAAACUAGACUUCAGCAUCUGCACCAGUCCGAACAAACUGGAAUUCACCGGCUGCGAUGUUCCACUGCUUGACUAUUCCAUGCUGGAGAAGAGAGACUUGUGUGGGCCUCUUGUUAAAGUGGACGACGCCAACCGCUGAAGAGUCCUGACCAUAUUGUCACUGUGCAUUGGAGGUGGGCGAUACCACAGUCAUCGGGAUCGAUAUAAUACCAGACAAUACCGCCGAUACUUUUUACUCGGACGUUUUUCAAGAUCAUCGAUUGAUUUUGUGACGUUUACCUUUCUUUUGUCAAUCAUGAUUACAGUAAGAAUAAUUUAGGCAAACACGUAAAUAUAGUUGUAUUGACACACUUAUAGGUGGCACAAAUUAACAUUUAAUUCAACAAUAUAAGGCAAUCUAGCAAUAUAAACAAAAUAACACAUUGUAUACAUUUUAUUAUGUACAAUUGAGUGCAAUAAGACAACAAAAGCAAAAACUGCUAUUGGCUCUUAUUCAAGUCCGUGUAGAGAACGUAUUCCCUGACAUUGUAAACAACAUAAAUAUUAGUGCUGUCAAAUGAUACAAUUUUUAGUCAAAUUAAUCCCCAAUUUUAUAUUUGGAUUAAUCACAAUUCAUCACUUGCUUGCAUAAUUGAAGCUUUAAAACGACCCCAAUACUUGGACACACGUGCCAUUUUAUUGUAAGAAUGUCACACAGAUUUUGUUUAAUGUUUUACUUGAAAGCACGGCAUGAUCCUGUCUCUAUUUACAAAACAUUAUAAAAGUCCAUACACUUAACAAUUGUAUAUGAUUUGUAAGUGCUUUGUAAAGGGGAAAGUCCCAAGAAGCUAUAAUAGCUUAUAAGCGGGGGCCCCAAUACAGUACAUGUAAGAUAAUAAGGUACAGUAUUAGUUACAUUUCCACAUUCUUAGAUCCUUAACCAUUUCCUAAAUCAUUUCAUACAUCCUUAAAGUUGCAACGUGUACUCUUGAAUUUAUUUUUUGGUAGUUGGUAGCCUUGCACAUUACAAAUUGCCAAUAAUAUGCAUAUCUAUUUCAGUAUGCCUUCUAUGAUGAUAGAUGUUCAAUAAUUAACGUUGUAUCUAAAGUCCAGUCAGGGUGUUUUUUACAACAGUGGUUCUCAAACUUUUUGCACCAAGUACCACCUCAGAAAACACGUGGCUCUCCAAGCACCACGAUAAUGACCUACAUGAAAAUACAGUAGCGUAGUAGGCCUAAAUAUUCAUUAAAAACAAGGCAGAGGUUUUUAUUUAACAGGUAUAUUCAAUAUGGUUGGCCACAUUACACGCAGAUUGAACAGUAACACUGUUUGAAUAUUUAAUUAAGUGAUUCUUUGGCAUACCGCUAUAGAUGGAGCCCACGUACCAGUUUGAGAAUCACUGUUUUAGAGUGAAAUUCACCAGCGAGCACAAUAGUCGGAGUCUCUUCACUCAUCUUUGUACUGACCGUGUAACACCCUUUCAGGUAACCAUCCACGGUUACGGUAAAACAACAUGUAAGGUCCAUUUAAUUGCUUGAUUAAUCUGCGUCUAUACAUGAUUAACGCAAUAUUUUUUUUUAUCAUUAAUCUCAUGAGUUUGCUCUAUUUUUGACAGCCCUUAUAAAUACAUAUUUGAACAUAUGUAAUAAUAAUAAUAAAAUAAACAGAAGAGAACCGAAAAAUAUCGAUGGCAUCAUCAUCCAAUACCUUUUUGAUAUCGAUAUUUGGAUCGAGCCGCCCACCUUGCAGUGCAGUCUUGUUGAAGUGACCAAAUUCCCUUUCACAAACAUGCACUUGGCAGCACGUUGUCAAUGUAUUGUUCAACACGUAAGCACAUUGGACCAAGAUCUCUUACACUUUUCUACAUGUUUUACUAUAAACUCUCAUCACCACUGGCUGUAUUAGUAUGUGGUUAUCAUGUCUUGAAAAUAUUACUCACACUUGGAGAGAUCAUCCAGGAGGGAUUCAGAGUCGGACAUCCAUUUUCGGACACAUCGCAGGGACAAUGUCUCACAGCCCAGUGGAACUAGAGGAGGUGGGAUUGGGGAAUUUGAGGCACCCCAACUGAAACUGCAGAAGAAAAUGGAUGGAUGAAUGACACGUUUCUCUUAUCCUUUGUAAUUGUAUUUUAUUUUUUAAACCGCUCUUGUAUUGGAUCCCAUUUGAUUGUGUCAUAAUGUUGUAGCUGAUAUAGUAUGGAGGAUGUCUGGUGGGAUACAUUGUUGUAUUGGUGUUCUUGUGCGUGUUAGUUUGAGCCAGUUUAAUAAUAAAACACAUUGUUUACUCUUGAAUAGGAACUCCGUUAUGUGUUAAUCACUUCAAGUUUAUGUUAUUGGAUUUGAAAAUAAAUAAAUAAAAUCUU